AAAACCAUCCAGACGUCUCCCGUCGACUUCAUCAGGUCCUUCCAGAUGUUCAACAGGACACACACGGUUUACACGCACAGCUAUCUGGGUCUGGGUUUGAUGUCCGCUCGCCUCACCGUCUUAGGAGGUUCUGUUGAUCCGUCUGGGGGCAGCACUGAGCUGGUCAGCCCCUGCCUCCCCCCGCAGUACUCGGGCAGCUGGAAGCAUGCAGAGGUGGUCUUCACUGUGAAGGGACAGAAAGCAGGGGAGCCGGUCUUUGAGGCGUGCCUCAGCCGGGUCCAGAAGGUUCUGUACGGGAAGGUGAACAGGGUGUCAGAGGUGGAGAAGAUGGACUUCUACGCCUUCUCCUACUACUACGAACGAGCCGCUGACUUGGGAAUCAUCGAUGAGAAGGAAGGCGGAGCCAUCAAGGUGUCGGAUUACACGGACGCCGCCAGAAGAGUGUGUUCUGGGCCGCCAGCCGGACCUCAGCAGGACCCCUUCCUCUGUCUAGACCUGGUCUACAUCUCCGUCCUUCUGCAAGAGUUCGGCUUCCCCCCCCACCAGCNNNCACAGCUCGCCAAAACCAUCAACCAGGUGGAGACCAGCUGGGCUCUGGGAGCCACCUUCAACUACAUGGAGAGCCUGAGAGGAUCGUGAGGCUGGACCGUCCGUGCACGCUCACAUGCACUCUGAGCUGGUGUGGGGUUUGUGUUUGUCAACUGAGUUCCUUCAAGGUUCUGAUGAGAAUCUCAGACCAGGUUCUGUUGAUCCAGAACCUGCAGCAAAACCCAAAGACAUCAGAGCUGCAGAGAAACCUUUCCUGCAGGUUCAAAGCAGGAAGUAACAGGUGUCGCAGUUCUUCAAAUGACCACUAGAGGGCGGUGUUGGAUGAGAGCAUCAACUCCCAUGUUAAACUGGUUUCACACCAAAAAUAAAUGAAUGUACUGACUGGU